AUGACAGCUACAGAUGUGAAGGGCGUGAAAUAUGUGAUAAAUUAUGAUUUCCCGGGUUCCUUGGAAGAUUAUGUUCAUAGGAUUGGGAGAACAGGAAGAGUCGGGGCUAAAGGGACAGCAUACACUUUCUUUACAACAACAAAUGCUCGGUUUGCUAAGGAACUUAUUGCCAUACUUCAGGAGGCCGGUCAGAAAGUCAACCCUGAUUUAGCGGCAAUAGGGCGAGGUGCACCUCCUCCACCCUCAGCUUAUUCCAUGUGGCGGUGGACAAUACUGAGACAACUUGUAAUGUUGAUGAUAGCCAAAGCUGAACCCCAACACAGUACUUUGAUGGAAGUUGUGCGUGUUCUUGCUCUAUCAUUUUCAAAUGAUGGAAAAUGUGUUAAGGUUUUUGUUCAAGGAUCCAGGGGAGAUGGAGCACUUGCAGGAAUGCCAUUACAGCUAGCUUGCAGGAACAAGAAAGAUUUUGGAGUACAUGGACUAGGAUCCCAAAUUGGUAUGGCAUUUUGGAUCCCCUUCAAAGGUGUCUCAAGACUAAGCUUAGAGCAAUGGUUGCAAGAGAUGAGUUCAAAAGAAGAAGAAACAAGGCUACAACUAUAG